ACACGCAAUGGUGAGGAGUACAUACUAUUCACACAACCCCUGUCAUGAUUUAAUUGAGACAACAAAGAAGUUUGCGGGUUUGAACAAACUUUGAGAGGACCUGUGACUGAAGUUACCCAUUCAUUGCCUCGCUUUAUGUCACGGUAAGUGAUUUAACACCACAUAUCGAGCUAAGAGAGCAGUUAGAGUGAGGGAUGCACUUGUUGCUUCGGGGCUUUAACGUUCAGUUACGUUACCAUCUCAUUCAGAUACACACGCACUUUAACGGAGGGAAAUAUCUCAGUUACGGUGAUAAAAACAGCAAGAAACACCUUUUUAACUCUUAUUUCUUGACUAAACUUCUCAGAGUUUGUUUCUAAUUGACGGUAUCUCACUCAGUAAUGUGUGUUUUUAGUUAACAAACUUUGGGGUUAGGUCACGCCACUAUAUUAGCCAGACUAAUGCACAGCGUCGUGUUGCGUUUACUUACCGAGUAAUGAGACUUUGACAUGUUUCUCAGGUUUACUCUUGGGUAAAUAUAGUAAACCUGCACCGCACUAAUGAAUAUGUUUCACGUGAUGCAUUACAAAUUGAUAAAAUGUCUGUACAUGGUUGUGCAAGUAUAUACUUAUUAUGUUUAUGUGUGUUUUUAGACUACUAAAGCCUACUCUACAUAGGCCAUCACUUUUUAAAUUGUCAAUAUUGCUUUACAUUUUUGCAGCAUUUUAUUACUUGAUAAGUCAAAACAGCAAUUUUUGAUCUUAAGGUUGUUUUGUUUGUCAAGCUUAUGUAAGAAAUAAAUAUUUGUGGAAAUUUUACACCCAGAAAUAUGAAUUAACAUAACUUACAUGGUGUGUAUGCAGGAAUACCACGUGUAAGUUGAACAAAUAAAUCAUUGAACUUAAUAGAAAAGCCCUCUGGGGGUGAGUUGUUAUUGCUGAGCAGGGCAGAAUUAUCCGGGUCACUGAGAGUAGCAGAAGUUCCCAUCAUUUGUUUAUUCAUUAAUGAAAGCAUCAUAAAAAUAUGCUUUACAAGCUCCUGAAACUCCUUUAACCUGCAGUUUUGCCAGAUUCUGGGGCCAACUUUGUGAAAAAAUAUCAUUGUAUCAUGACAUAUUCUAACAUGUGAAAAGGUCAGCUACCCCAUCACUGAUAUGCUGGUUUACUCUGUUGUUUUUAGGUGGGAUAGGUUAGAGUAACGCCGUUUCCUGAUUACUCAGACACCUCUUCUUAUCUCAUUCCUUUGAGGUUUUAGAAGACGGUGAGGGGGAGCAUGCAAAGUGCAGAGGGGGUGUUAUUUUUUCAGCAGUGUGCUCAGAAGUAGGGAUUAUGACAGUCUUGGAGGGGAAUUAAGACAUACAGAUGGCUGCUCUCAUGUGAUGCCAGGUUUCACCCUGGUCAGCAGUAAGGGGGAUGUCUGCAAACUUUGGUUAACACUGUUAGGACAGAUAGUAAACUUGUACUGGUGCUGCAUGUUGCAAAAGUAGUGUGCAUCUGGUUGGAGUCAGUUACUCCAGACACUUACACAUUACAUCAGCUGUUUGUCACCAGCGAUUGAGGUAUAACUUGAUUUACUGUGACAGUGUUGCUAAGUAACAGCUGCCUACACUUUAAAUGUAAUGUGUUUCCAAUUAUAUGGUUGAUAAGUUAUUUGUCAUGAAGAAAUCAUUAGUUCAGGUUGACAGACACUUGACUCAGGGUGUAUUGAGAUGUUUUUUCAAGGUGAAUUUUUAAGUAAUGAUAGCAUGACAGUUUUGCAAGCAUGAAAACCUGUUAAAACAUGAAUAAAAACAAAUGAAGGCGCUUUUGCAAGUGUAGUACACAAGCCUUAAAAGGAUGCUUAAAACAAGUUUUCCAGCUGUUUAAAAGUAUACUAUGAAACGGUGUGUAAAGUCAGGACAAAUGCAUAAACAAACGAGAAAGACUCAUGACAGUCUGAACACUCCUUUGAGUUCUGUGUGGAUUUUAACACCUCACACAUAAAUUACUCCUAAUUUGCAAACAGGUUUUUGAAACCUCUGAGUUUUAAAAAGCAAUCGGACACAGGCUGAGUACUUUUCAUUUAGUUAAAAUAAAAAGUCAUAUGUAUUAUCUUAAUGUUAACUUGUCUAUUAAAACACCUUAAAGUCAACCAGCCAAAGAAAAGAGCUGCAAAACUCUCCUGAUAGAUGUGACAGAAGCUCUCCAUGACUCAAUCUGUAAACUAAAUCUGUAGAUGCAGAUUAAAAACAACAAUAUAAGUUAUUUAGGAUCUUAGUUUUGUUAAGUUUUUGCACCGUUUCCUACUUAGCGCAGUCAGUUGUAAUGUACAGUACGGUAUAAUUAAAUGGUGUCAUAAACAAGUCAGAUGUUAAAGCGACUGGAAUUUCAGGUUUUUGAUGUCUGUUUGCUCUGACACACAGAUGUAAGUGAGGCCGUGUUUCAACAUGUCCAAAAAUGAUAUUUGGUGAGACGAACGUGCAGUUAUGUAGCCUCCAUGACUUGGCAGCGUGAAUUAUUUGAUGUUUUGAUUUGAUGUGAUUUAUCUAAACAGAGAGGCCUAAUGGAGACGGCUUUUUAUCCGCAGUUUGGAUGUUAAAUUCUCAAAGAGUUAGUUUAAAAAGUACUCAUAUAUGAGACAGGAAGAGAGCAGUUUAUGUUGCUGAAGGAUCUCCUUCCCUGCUAGUUAGAGCAGUCGAGGUUUCUCAGGCUAAAAAUACAAAAUCUGUUCUAUUUUUUACUUGGAACAGAUCAGCUGAAGAUCAGACUGCUUCAAAACAAGGCUGUUUUUCCCCCCUGGUGUAUUUUUAUCUUUUUUUUACUAACUUAUUGUCCAGAGCUGGAUUUAAGGGGAUCAGAGUCGGCGUACGGCAGUAAUUAACCUGAUUAAUUGAUUCUGAAACGCUAAUCAGAUAAACCACGUACCAGUUGGGGCUCCGGGUUAGAAGAGAGCGGCAAGCUCCAGGAGAGCUUUGGUGAGCUUUGGUCACCAGUGCACCAUUCACAUUUACCAAGCUCUUUUAUUUUUGGUAUUUUAAGCAGAAUCUGCUGUAAUACAAGCCCCUUUGAUAUCUUUAUGUUUCUGUUGUAACUGCUGGAACAUAAAAGGCAUGCAGAAGGAUUAUCUGAUUGAUUGCCUCUAGUUAAGGGCUAUUACUAGGAUUAGAGUUUAGUAAGCUCAUUGAAUUUGGCCAACUAUUUCUCUGUUUUUUGAUCAUAGACCGAUGUAGUGUUGGCUGGCUAUUUUGGUGGAAGUGCUUUGAAGUUUGACCAAUUUAUGUCAUUUAUAUUAGGCUGGAUUUAAUUCAUCUUUUGGAGGAUAAUUGUGACGGUAAAACAGUUAGACUCCUCAGAAGAGGACAAGCCAUGUUGACUUAAUCUUGGUGGUGGGAUAAUGAGAGAAUAUCAGGAUUUAUGUCUGAGAAUGGGAUUGUUUUUGCAGGAGUUGCUCCAAGGAUACAUCCCAAAACACCCAAACAUGCAAACUCAAAAAGUUACAUUAUCAUGACAAUGCUUAAGUAUGUUGUAUCAGUUAUAAAAGAGGCAGAAAUUUGAUAUAUUCUAGAUUCAUUACAAAAAAAAUCUUGAAUUUUAGUUUUGAAAAUCAACCUGGAAAAUGUAUCUCAAAAUGUCUGAGUAUUUCAUGUCAAGUUUGAGUAAAGCAGACAGUAUACCUGUGUUCCUCUCAGUUUAACUCAGUUCACUCAGUUCAUGAAGGUAACUGCUGACAUGACAGUUGCCUAGAAGAUCAUUGACGCUCGCCACGGAAAGGGUCAGCCAAAGAAGGUCAUAGCUGGAAAGGGGGGCUGUUUCUAUCACACCGUAUCAAAGAAUAUAGAUGGAAAGCUGACUGAAACGCAGGGGUGUUUUAGGUGUACAAGCAACAGGGACCAACGAGAGGAAAAGUUGAUUUGAGAAUUUUAAAGAGCUGCAUGAGUCGUGACUACAAUUGUCACAUUAUCUAAUAGCUGCUCCUGAACCAGAGAGGAUGUCAGAAAGAUCUCACCGAGGCUGAGGGGGUAAAGAACUGGACUGUUGCCCAGUGGACUUGCAGAUUUGGAAAUCAGUGUCCUUGAGGAAGAGUGGAGAGGCACAGAUUCAAGGUCUUCCUCAGUCUGUUGGUGUUGGUCCACUGUGUUUUGUCAACACAGCCGUCCUCCAGAGCAGUUUUUGCAGAUUUCUUCUCCUACAAGACUUAGCACCUGCUCACAGCGCCAAAACUACUAUCUGAUCAUGAUAUAUUGAUCCGUCCAACCACCCGGCCUGACUUGAACCACAAAAUACUGAGUGUAUAAAAGAACAGAAUUUUUCAUUUUUUGAUCCUUUCAGGAAACAUUCUGAUCAUUUCAGAUACUAUAUUUUAGAUUUUCAUGAGCCACAAAACCAUUAAAGCCAAUGAAGGGUUUAACUAUUUCAUUUUACAUAUCAGGAAUAUAAGAAUAUUUGAGAGUUAACCUUUUAGAGAAUUAACUUUUUCAUGGUAUUCUGUUCUUUUAGAUGCACCUGUUUAGUAAAGAUCAAAUACCAUCAUUUCUUAACUCCUUGGGAAGAAAGGAGGUUGGGUCAUUUAUUAACUUUGGUCCAGCUCUUAAAGACAGUUUGAUAAACCGUUUAAAAUUCCAGUCUGCUGUGCUCAUCACUCACACUGAGUUGGAUCACGCUAACGUCAUAUCUUGUUCUUUCCUCUAGAUACAGUAUGGAUGAACUGCAAGGAGCAGAUAAGAAGUGACGCUGCAGAGACUGAAUCGGUUUAAGAGAGAGAAAGUCUUCACUACAGAUACUCAGAAGACAUCAUGUCGAACUCUACCAAGCAGGAGAGAACCAUUUGUGUUCUCCUCCCCAACAAAGACCAGCUGGACAUCACUGUCGGGGUGGGUAUUUAAAAUUGUUUGUGUCUAUCCACAUGACAGGCUGCUUAAAGGUCUGUUUACCACUGUUUUGGCUGCACUGCAUAGUUUCUGCACACUGAAUACAGACGUCUUUUGUCUUUUCACCUGUUUUUCCAGCCCAAGUCCACAGGGCAGGAUGUUUUCACCCGUGUGGCUGAGCUUCUCGGAAUCAAAGAGCUGCAUUUCUUCGGCCUCACAGUGGUGAAGGGUAAGUUCACUUCUCACUGAGCAUGAGCAUGAAAGGACUGCCCGCACCAAAGUGAUUUCAGACAAAAAUAAAUCAUGCAUGAUCAAAGGGGGGAACGAGAUCUCCGACUGCACAAAUCAGAUUGAUUGUAAACAAAAGCGUGAGUUGGGAUUAUUCAGGGCUUUGCAGCGCCACUCUUUAGAAAGUUCUUGUUUAUGUAACACUCUGGCAAAGUGCUGCUUCACCUAAACCAGAACUAUUCCACUCCUCCCUCCUUACUCUGCAUAAUUGAAAUGUGUAAUCCACUUGAGCCCAGAAGCAAAGUUCUAAACUUUCUCCGUCCGUGUGCUGCUGCUCCUUUUCUUGAGUACAAAUACGUGGAAAUGCCUCAGUAAUCUUGUGUGGCUCACCACUUGAACAAGCAGCCUUUUGUUUUUGUGGUGUUGGUCCAGCGAUCACUUAGGGCCUGGAUUCCUGCAAUAUUAACUUCAUUAAGCCAGGAAUGCACCCUUGCAUUCCUCCUCUUCACUGAGGGGAGGGAUGGAUUGAUGAUGGGAAGAGGAGGGUGGGUUUAGAAGGGAAAGAACCGGAGAGGCCGAUCAUGACACAGACGGCUUCGACUCCUCAGCUCUUACUCAAUCGCUUCAGUGAAGGAUGAGAGGUGAAGGAGGAGGACUGAGUCAGAGUUAGAUAUUAAAAAAGCUGAAAGGAGGGAUGGUUGUGAAACGGCUCGGUGAGAGUGAUUUAGCUACACAAAAGAGAUAAGGUGGAUCAAAUAGAAAAAAAAAGCCUGCAGAGUGACUCAUAGGACCAGGCUGAGAAUGGUACAAGAUCAACUUUCUCAUCACAUUGUGCAAACAGCUUUUCGCCUCUUAAAUGAUAAAACUGUGUAUUAAAGUUCAAUAACAUUUCAACGCAAGGCUUUUUGUAUUUUUAAUGAAAUCAUCAACAUCCUGAAAGCAUCUAUCGGUGUCUCUCAGAUGCUCAGACAAAAAGAGAAAACAGUGUCGCAUUUUUAUACCAUCAAAGGUCAAAGAAAUUAAGAUCAAAUUUGCAUGAAUACCUUUUAGAGUUGCACAAUCAAACACAAUUUCCCAUGAGUGUUUGCAAUUAACAUACCAAUAAAGUCUGAAUUCACUGAAACAAGGAAAAUAAUCUUACGCUUCCAGACAAGGCUCUCUGACUCAGCACAUUUAACCUUUUAUGAGGGAGCCUGGAUUUCAUGUCAACACUUUCACAUCAGAAUCUCUUUGUUGUCACUGAAGUUGUGCAACCAAAUUGACUGCAGGCCAAUCCAGAGCAAACAGUAGAGAAAUAGAUAAAUAUCUACUUUAUCAGUAAAUGUAAAUAAAGAUAAAUACGAACUUUAAAAUCCCUCAAGUUUAUAGUGAACUUAGAAAAACACAAUUUUACUUGGAUGCCCCAAACUCUUUGAAUACCUCAACAAACUUUAGAAAAUGAAGCUCUUCCCUCUCUUGCAGAGUUUAGGACUUUGAUUUUGAAAUAUUUCAUUUCAGAUUGUACAUGUUUUCAUUGAUUCCAUUGUAAAUUUUGUAAGUGUUUGCUUGUUUGACUGUUGUAAUCUGGAUGGUAUUGGAAAUGAGGGAAACCUCAAUGCCCCUUCGAGAAUAAAUAAAGGUUUGAAUUUGGAAAUACCAUCCAAAACUAACUUUAAAAUGCAUUUUAAAAACAAGAGAAAAAAACCUAGUAAAAAUACCGCUCUUGCCACUCAAAGAGGAUGGUUUUUACACUCUGUUAGCACACAAUGCAUGUCUCCUUUGUUUGAAACUGCAGAGGUCAAGUUUGGCAGUGUUAUAAGAGCAGUUAAAGCAGCUUUCGAAUUAAAAAAGAAAUAAUAAAAAAGUGUCUCUCUGAAGGUGUCGGUUAAAGAAGAGUGUGUCUAGGAUAGAAUUGAAGAAGCUCAGUGAUUAAUGUUACUAAAUAUGAGCUCAGAAAGAUAAAAAAAUCUGUUUUACAAGAGAGACCUGUUGCAUGGUUGAUGAGAUUGACCAUCAAAUAUUUUCCUCUUGUUGUGUAGGUGGCCUCUUGAUGGCACUCUGUCUGUUUACUGUUUGUGUGGACAAGGGAUGGCAGAUAAAGCUUGUUUGAAAUGUUUAAAGAUGACAGUAAUGAGCGGUGCUUCUUUGCAUACUGGUAUGCUACAGAGAAUGGGUAUAUGUGCAUUAGCAUUGUUGUUAUUACCUUCCUGGUAGCCUCAUUCACAAAUGGAAGAACAAGGCCUUUUUCUUUUAGCCUAAUGAAUCCCAUUGUCGGGCAAAUUUCACGCUUGGGCACAUGAUGGUUUUGUUUGCUCGCUAACUGUCUGCUUGUCUCCUGAUCGUCUUUCUUCUCCUCAGACAAUGAGCACAUAUUUAUAGACAUGGAGGAGAAACUCACCAAGUACUUUCCUAAGGAGUGCAAGCAAGAUUCAGGAAAGGUAAGGCAGUCUCUUCUCAAGACUGAAGCGUUUUGAUUGAGUGAAUUAGGAGCACGUAUCUGGCUGUGACCCCGACCAAACUAUUGUAUGUGUGAGUUAAUUGGGAGGCACAGUUCUGUGGCCUACAUGCCUCCACUUUUCAUUAAGCAUGACAAAAAGAUGCCAACACACAAACACACACACACACACACACACACACACACACACACACACACUGGCUUUCUCUUACAUGUCUCUUCCUGGGUCUCUUACAGGGAUCACUGAGGAGACUCUUGCCGCUUGUCCUGUGUCUCAAAGUGCAGUACUACAUAGAGAACGGUAGACUUCUGUGGUGAGUAUAUCUGUGUAUGUUUCACUUGUUUUCCUUUAAAUCCAUCCUUGUCCUCCUCUCUGACAUUUCUUCGCCCCCACCUUUGUUUAUGUUUGUGUUAACAGCGAGCGAAAGGCACGGCAUCUCUACUACUCUGACCUGCGGGAGCGAGUGCUUCGCUCUGAAUGUCGUCAGCAGGAGGAGGUGUACUUCCAGCUGGCAGGUUACGCCCUGCAGGCUGACCUCGGUGACCACCCGCUGCCCAGGGAGGAUAUGGAGACAACUCCUUAUUUUGAACCCAAGGAGUACUUUCCCCCCUGGGUAGGCUUAACUGUGUAACACCAGCAUGUCGACACUUUGAAUCCAAAUAAAUGUUCAGCUUAGUUUAAAACAUUUGUCCUAUUACUUACUUUAAUGUUCUGAAUUUGAGCUUUUUUUGAACUCUUUGACUUAAGUACAGCUGUCUCUUCUGCCUCCUGUAGAUUAUAGCAAAGCGUGGACUUGCCUAUCUCCUCUGCCAUGGACCCAAGGUGCAUCAGGAUCUGUGGGGCAUGUCUUCUAGAGAUGCUACCCUUCUCUUCAUCAGGGAGGCAUGCAGACUAGAGGACGUACCGGUCACGUUUUACAGACUUCAAAAGGUAUCGAGUCAGUUUAGUGUUUUUUGUGUCGUUUAUUGAAUGUAGUUGCUUUGUCAGAGUUUUUCUCGCACACAUCUUCCUGCAACUUUUCUGAUUUAUAUAUAUUUAUAUAUAAUUAAUCCGCAACUGCAGCCUCAAUUUCAAAGAUUACUCUUGGUUUGCAAACAUUAAAAUACCAUGUUAGGAAAAAAUGGCGCAAGGACAACAAACUGAAAAAGUAAAAACAAAAACACACUUUUUGUUUCAUUAUUAACUGACGAUUCAAAUGGGUGACGAGUCAGGACUGCAGGCUAUCAUAUUACUUCAUUUCAUCCAAAACAGGCUUGGUCCCACCAGCGUUGCACAACCAUGUUAAUAAAAAAAUAUAUAUUUUUCCUUUUUGUAUGGUUCAGUUUUAACCUCAUUUGUGGAUUCAGCGAUUAACUAUUCACAGAUCCUGCUUUUGGGAUGUGACUUUGAGCUCAUGCGGUGAUUUCCAGCGAAGAGUCAUGUCUGUGACUAAUGCAGUCCUGGCUAAGGGCCCAAAGAAGAUCAUGAAGAAGAUCUUUUUGUACAGAGAUUUUUACAGAUUACCCGAGUUAUUUGUUGACGUUAUGUACCGUAGAUGAUGAGGAUGAGGAAAUCCCCAAAUUCUUUAACUUUCUGAGGAAUACCUGAAUUCUGAAACUGCUCCCACAGUCUCCGACAGAGCAGUGAACCUUUUCAUGUGUGUUUGGAAGGUCUCGCUUAGUAUUACCAUUUGAUACCUAGUCUAGCCAUGUUGUUAGCCUUUUCAAAUCAACCUAAGAAGUUGAAAGAUGUUCCUCCAGAUGUUUUUUAACAGCAUAACUCAACUUUUUCAGUGUUGUCUUUUUCCAGUCUCAACUUUAGAGAUACCAGUACGCCAUACAACAUCAAAUUUAAAACAAGCUGGUGUGUAAUAAACAACAUAAUAUUCCAGUUUCGACACUUAAACUUUUUUUUCCAAUCCGAUAUAGGUCUUAAAUACUUAAUUAAGUUUUUAACCAUUAAAUUUGUCAUCAACAUCAAACACAGCACCUUCACUUUUGGGUGUUGUACAAAUUAGAUAGUUAAAAUCAUUUUCCAAGCAAACUUGUCAAAGGUUUGCUGGUUAGAGUCCAUAAAUGUUCAGGAUUAGCUGCUCUUCUUUGUCAUUCAGGAGUAAAUGUGAAGUCUUUAGGUUCUGGGCUGUAAAAAAGACUUCACGGGAAAUUGUAUAAAACAUACUUUAGAGUUAUUUGACAUUUUUUUUAGUCUAGACAGUUAUUUGAAUAAUCCCAUAAAUAAAUGGCUGGUUAAUACCAAAUGAAAAUAGCCGCAGGUUACAGCUCAGUAUAAGUCAUUAAAUGGAAAAUAAUUACUGAGGCCACUUUGGAAGAAAGAUUUGUUUUGAAUUCAUUUAGAAAUAAUAGCUAUUCCAGGCGUUUCCUCCCUCGCACUAAAAUAUUAUCCUUUUCUACACAAAAACAUCAAACUUCGCUCCGUUUGAGCCCCGCAGGACAAAUAACUUCGGGGCGAUUAUGUAACUCUGUAUCUUUUCCAAUUUAUUGUCCUCCCCAUUUCAAAAUCACUCAUCCACCGGGUGUUAUUUUGAAAGCUGGUCCAUCCAUUGCGUAAUGUGCUCCCACUUUUAAUUUGUUGUUAGCAGCAGCUCUGUGUUUCUAAGCGGGGGGCUCGGCCGCAGAAGAGCUCCCUUAUCUGAAGUGCUCAGAUGCCUCACUGACAUCUCAUCAUUCAUUUGUCCAGGACAAAAAGGAAGAGAGAGGAACGGCUUUGCUCGGUCUGACCCUGCGAGGAAUGCAGGUUUAUCAGGUGCGUGCAUGUGUGAGUGUGUUAUGAAUGCACAGCAUAUACGUCAACACAUGCUUGCUCAGGAGUGAAUCUGCGUUUGCUCAAAGACUCGGGCUUUGUAGCUGCAGUGCUAUAAAACCUCUGACUAGACGUGUGAGGAAUGUGCGGGAUUUCCACCAGCAGCAGUGCAUGAGGAGAUAGGAGCCGUCCACCCUGCCCGUCAGUUGUUUGAUCUGUCCAUCAGGGGCCAUCUGGGGGGGAUUAGGGCUCCAGGCCUGGCUGAUUAAAGAGCCAACAGACCGUGAGAUACCUCGAGAAGCCCUUGGCCUCUUUGCCAACUCCAGAUGGCCCCUAUUAGCAGACAAGACAACUGAUUAUUGAUCGCUAAUUUGAGGGGGACAGAAAACAGAUUACACAUCCAGAAAAUGAUGUUUCUUAAUUCAAGAACAACAAUGCCACAGAUUCUUUUGUUUAUUCAUGUGUUUGUGUGUUUUUGUAAUGAUAGGAGGUGAACAACAUACGACAGCUGCUGUACGACUUCCCCUGGUCGAAUGUGGGACGUCUCACCUUCCUGGUAUGCUAAUUUCUUUUCUCUGCUAAGAUUAAGUGGAAUGGAUGUUAUUAUUUAAUGGGCAUUAGCUAUGUACUCUCCAGUGUUUGCAAUAUGUUGUCCUUGUCAGUCAGUAAAUAUAAUAUGUUGUCCUAUUCAGGGUAAGAAAUUUGAGAUCCAGCCAGAUGGUUUGCCGUCAGCCAGGAAGCUGGUUUACUUCACCGGAUCAUCGUUCCGCUCUCGCCACCUCCUCCUGCACCUGAGCAGCAGCCACCGCAUCUACCUCAGCCUUCAGCCGGCCCUCAAACACCUGCGUCAGCUGGAGGAGACUGAAGGUACGAGACAGAGACACAAAAGAAGUGCUUUUGAGAACUUUAACUCUUUCUACUGAGAAGAAAUAUCUGGUUACCAUUGGAAGUAAAAGACAAAAAUCUGUUUUUUCUGCACAUAAAAAUCCAAAAUUUAGUAUAAUCAUGUUUUUGCUUGUACAUUUAUUGUAAUAGUUUCCAUUUUUCUGUUAAUUUUCUCUUCUGUCUUUGGAGCAAUCCUGAUAAAAUCAAUCAUAUGAGAUUAAAACAUUAUUAUGAAGCAUGUUUUAAAGGUCUUUCCAAACUAAAAAGAGGGUUCAGAGUUUUUAAUAUAUUAGAAACCCUCUAAAACUUGUGAAAUUACCAUCAGUUUUCACUAAUUCCCAGGUGACACAGGUCACUUUAUCUUCUGUACUUUCCAUUUUAACUUAUUUAUGUUGCAAACUGAAAAGUUUCUAUUUUUCCUGCUCAACUGCAAUCCUUUUAGGCUACAUAUUAAAGAGCUAUCUUGAUUGUUUUAAGUUCAAAUGUAGGUUAAGAACAGCACAUACCUGAAUAUUUACUGCCUAAAAAGAGAAAAAGGAUGAUUUAUGUUCUCGUUUUGUUUUUUUCUGUCUAAUAUUAGAGAAAAAGUGUUACAGGGAGUCAUACAUCAGCGAUGAUCUGGACUUGGACCCCCAAGGCAGCGAGAGCAGCCCCGGUCUGUCUCGCCGCUCCACCAGCAGCUCUGGAAUUGAAGCGGAUGCCCGACAGCACAGCCUCUCCACUGAGAUGACCUCCAUGGAGGAGGACAAUCAGCAGCAAGCGGAGAAGUGUUUCAGCUCGGCAACGAGCCGCGGCAGCUCCUGCACCUCUGGGUUUGACGCGGGCAGUAAGACUCGAAUGGAUGACGAGGGCUGGCAGGAGGAAGGUGAGAGGUGCAGGGUAGUCCAUCAAGCCAUAGAAGUGUUGAUUUUUCCCUUAAAUUCAUGUUUGACUUCAGUAAAUGAGAUAGGUUUCUAAAUUAAUAAAGUUCUUGUUGAGUGUUUUUUUUUUUAAAACAACAACCCUCUAAAACAACUCUAACAUAGGCCCACUGCUCCACCAUUUUUUUCCUUAUUUUUUUAAAUGAAUACUUUUGGCCUUCAUGUCUUAGUUAUCAAAGAAAGGACUUAAAAAUUUAGCAAAUAAACACAUUGAAUUUGCCCAAUAUUAGAGUCAGGAAAAACACUCAAGGGAGGAAUUGAUUUCAAAUGUAGUUAGGUUUAUUCUCGCAGCGGACGAAGACAGUGAACAUUUCCAAAUAAACCCACGAAUCUCCUCCAGAUGGGACUGACCAUACAUGCCCAUGUGAGAUCCUCUGUAGCAACAUCAAAUACUCCAUCAGCCUUUCAGAACACUAUGUUCAGAGGAGAAACCUCUCCUCCCAAGAACUCCUUAUGGAUUUGACAACCUGUUGAGUUAGCACUUCUGCUUCACUACACUUACUACACACUUCUCCCCCUGAACGCUCUCGUCUCACUGGUUCAGCUCUCUGUCAUGGAGAAGAUCUCUGCUGUGCUACUGACAGGCCCCAUGGAGGCCAUUUAGGGCCUGUUUGUAGUAUUAUCAGUCCAAAGAUAUUUACCCAUAUUGAUACUGUCAAGGUAGGCCUGUUGGAUCUAUUGUUUUUGAUUUUCCUUGGGCUGACAGGGGCGAGUGACUUACAGGAAGAGGCCACAGGUUGGAAUUGAACCCUGGCCUCCUGCUGGGGGAAGCCUUAGUACAUGGGCCACAUAUUUAAACCAUCAGCCAAAUCUAUUUAUGAGAUGAUUUUGCAGUUUAAACUGAGACCCUCUUCCUUCCUGGUCUUAAAUUCUCAUAUCUUUGAUUAUUUCAGAGUUCCAGUCCAGUGUAGGAAGCCCAAAGGAGGUUCUUGUGGACGAUCCUGAUGAGAUGUUCCAAUUGGCUGAUCUCCUUGAAGGAGUGUCCGUGGAUUGUUCACAACUCCUCUCAGAGAUUCUGUCGACAGGUGGGAUUCAUUUAUUUGUGGCAUCCAAGAUCAUAUUUAGACAAAUUUGUGUUUGAAUUUUUUUUAAUCUUGUUUUUGGUUAAAAAAUUGACUAUAAUAUCUUCUGGGCUCUACAGAAAUCAAAACGUGUGUCCCAGACAGUGAUGAAGAUCUUGUGAAUGUACACAACAAGGAGUUAAUGAAUCAGGUUGGUUAUUUAUGUUCUUUUUUUCUCAUUUGGAUUUCUCUGUUUUGUUUUCUCACCCUCUCUCCCCCUCCUGUCUCGACUCCAGAUCAAAAUCCCCAGGGCACAAGUCUGCGUGGAUCGGCACAGUCACAGUUUGGAUGAUGUGCGUCUGUUCCCGCCUCCUGCGCCUCUCGGAACAACACUGCCACCCGACUCCUCCCACAGCUACACCUUUGGCCUCCCAGAUGCCUCCACAAACACAAAGACCCCCACAGAUCCCUGCAACCCCCUUAUACACUGUCAAGCCAAACCUUCCUUUUACGGCCGCAGGUCAAGCAACUGCCUCUCUCUGGAUACGAUAGGUGAUGACCAGCUCCUGGAAUUCAUACUUUGAACAUGUCCACAAAUACACGUGCUCUUCCUUUACUCACAGUGCGACUUAACUUUCCAGUUGCCAACAUUUGAAUGUCUGAGUGUUUCUUUAAUGUGGUGAUGAUGAUGACGACGUGGGAUGUGUGUGCUCCAAAUUGUAAAGACAUUGCUGUAAAUGACAGAACCCAACAUUCCUUUGACAGAUUUCUCACUCGGCAGCAUCUAAAUCAGAAAACAGAACAUAUUUAUUAAUGUUGUAUAUUUGUAAAUACUACUUUCACUAUUUUAUCACAUUUCAGCCGCUGAGGAAAACACUUAAAUCUGUUUUUAUCGUGUUUUGUAAAGUUUACACUGAGAGAAAUGUUUUUAAUGUUUAAAUAGGUGUUGUUUAGGGCAUAAAACUUAUUAAGGCCUUUUCAGACUAUGGGGAUUUUUAAGGCCAUGUGGCCGUGGGACUUCAUUUCCUCGCCCUUCGCCUGUUUGCUAAUGUAAACAAUGCAAUUUCCUUCUUUUAUGCGGGAGAAUCUCUUUAAGCCAUGGUGCUAAUGUUUGUACUCCUGUAUGACUUUGCCCUCUUUCUUUUAUAAUGUGCUUUACUUUUGUAUAGAGUGCUCUGUCUAGCUUUCCCUGUUAGUCUACCACAGCUACAUAGCUGCUGAUGUGGAAAAUUAAUCCUCCUUACAGCUGGUAAUGCAUUCAUCCAAAGCUCUCCUAUUCUAUAAUUGCCUCCUGCUGUCAUAAUUACAAGAGAGAAGUGUUAUUUUAGAAGCGUUAUUUCAGUAACCAGUGAGUGCAAAAUGAAUCUGCAGUAUUUUUGUAUUAUGUAACCCCCAAACAACAAGCCUUACUGUCUGUCUUUUCUCUGCUCAGUGUUCAUCACUUAUUUUGUAAAUGAUAAUUGGGAUACAAAAGUGCUGAUGUCUCGGGCCAAUUUUGACUCAGUUGGUAAGAUUGUCUUUUAAAAAAAAUACACUAAAAGAGUUUACACAAAGCCAAUAAUGUAUGAAAUGACACGCUUCGCUCACAAUAAUGUAAAUCUCAUUUUUAUCAAAGCAUUUUUUUUUAAUGAUAGUGAAAAUAAAGUCUAAAUGCUCUUACAUAA